GCGGAAGCACCGGAGCUCCCGGCAGAGCCCAACGACAGACCGGCGGCCGCGGGGGCCCCUGAGGUGGCCGGGGCCAUGGCCGGGGUUGCGUGCUUGGGGAAGGCUGCGGACGCGGAUGAAUGGUGCGAUAGUGGCCUGGGCUCUCUGGGUCCCGACGCAGCGGUUCCCGGAGGACCAGGGUUGGGCGCGGAGCUGGGCCCGGGGCUGUCGUGGGCGCCCCUCGUCUUUGGCUACGUCACUGAAGAUGGAGACACGGCACUGCACUUGGCGGUGAUUCAUCAGCAUGAGCCCUUCUUGGAUUUCCUCCUGGGCUUCUCCGCGGGCACAGAGUACUUGGACCUGCAGAAUGACCUAGGCCAAACAGCCUUGCACCUGGCAGCCAUCCUUGGGGAGGCGUCCACGGUAGAGAAGUUGUAUGCAGCCGGCGCCAGGUUGCUAGUGGCAGAGCGCGCGGGCCACACGGCCCUGCAUCUGGCCUGCCGCAUGCGGGCACAUGGCUGCGCACGCGCGUUGCUCCAGCCCCGCCCGCAGCUCCCCCGAGAAGCCCCCGACACCUACCUCGCAGAAAGCCCCGACCACACCUCGAACCCCAGCCACACCCCCGUUGCCUUAUGCUCUGAAACCGACUUGGAGAAGGAGGAGGAGGAGGAGAGUGAAGAGGACUGGAAGCUGCAGUUGGAAGCCGAGAACUACGAGGGCCACACCCCGCUCCACGUGGCUGUCAUCCACAGAGACUCAGAGAUGGUUCGGCUACUCCGGGAUGCAGGAGCUGACGUCAACAAACUGGAGCCCACGUGUGGCCGGAGCCCGCUGCACUUGGCAGUGGAAGCACAAGCCACCGAGGUGCUGGAGAUCCUCCUGAGGGCAGGUGCCGACCCUGCCGCCCGCAUGUAUGGGGGUCGCACCCCCCUGGGCAGUGCCCUCCUCCGACCCAACCCCAUUCUCGCCCGCCUCCUCCGUGCACAUGGAGCCCCCGAGCCUGAGGAUGAGGACGACAAGUCCAGCCCCUGCAGCAGCAGUAGUGACAGCGACAGUGACAGCAGGGAUGAGGGCGAUGAAUACGACGACAUCGUGGUCCACAGUGGCCGGGGCCAAAACCGGCCACCUCCCACCCCAGCGUCCAAACCUCUUCCUGCCGACCCCGACCCCGUCUGAUUUUUUGUGUUAAUAUAAUUUCUGAUUUAAUAAAACCUCAAUUCUGACAACCAGC